AUCUCCCCCCGCUUUUGAACAUGAUAUUAAUUUACUCCUUCCUAUCUUUUUCUUUUCUUUUCUUUUCUCUUUCUUUUUCUUUGUUUAGUGAAUAUGGUGCCUAAAUUUGAUGAAGAAAUCGAUGAAUCUCUAUUGUUGAAACACAAUUGGUCUACAGCUUCUUUGUCUGAGCCUUCUAUUGAAUUGGAAAUCGCUGUUGAAAGCAAGCAAACAUACGACCGCCACGCAGAAAUAGAACUUGUCCAUCGACUAGACAAGAGACUACUGGUCUUUGCCAUGUUUGGGAACCUUGUAAAGACAUUAGACAACACCAAUUUAGGAAGCGCGUUCAUCAGUGGCAUGGAAGAAGAACUCAAAAUUACAGGCCUACAAUACAACUGGAUGGGCGUUUUGUUUAUGAUUGGUUAUUUAUCAAUGCAGUUACCUUCAAAUAUCUUACUUUCAAGAUUAAGGCCUUCAAAAUAUUUACCUGCAUUAGAAGCUAUUUGGUGCCUCUUGACCUUGGCUAUGGCUUGUGUUCAAUCUGUCAGAGGAGUUUAUAUUAUUCGAUUCAUGUUGGGAAUAGCGGAAGCAGGCUUUUUUCCAGGCAUCGUUUUUUUACUCGGUACUUGGUAUACAAAAAAGGAGUUAGGCAAACGAUUGGCAUUCAUGACCAUCUGUGGUGCUUUCGGUAGUGGACUCAGUGGUGUUGUACAAGCAGUCAUGCUAAAGACAAUGGACGGUAUUUUUGGCAUUAGUGGUUGGCGUUGGAUGUUUCUGUUUGACGCAAGCAUUACUGUCAUAUUGGCUUGCUCGGGCUACACUUAUUUACCUGAUUAUCCUCAUAAUACCGAGUGGCUGAAUCAACAAGAACGCGAACUAGCCAUUCAAAGAUCAAAUUACCAGGAACAAGACAAAGGCUUCAAGACAUGGGAUAAAAUCAAACUGUUACUCACAAACAAAUACCUCUAUCCAUUUGUGAUUAGUUGGGCAUCCAUACAUAUUGCUACAGGCGCUUCUCAAGUACUUGGUAUUGUAGCUAAAAAAGUUGGCUUUGAUGCAAUCACUGCUAAUCUAUUGACAACACCUGAUACGAUCAUCACUAUGCUGUUUGGCUUAUGUAAUGGCUUUAUUAGUGAUAAAUAUCGUAAUCGAAUAGGUUGUAUUGUUGUUCCAGCUACUAUAGGGCUUUUAGGCAUGUGCUUAUUGUCCGCUUUUGUACAACCUUUUCCUUUACUUUAUAUUGCAUUUCUAGUUACACAUGCAGGCUUAGGAUCUAUUGCUUCUAUUAUUAUGACAUGGGCAAGUGAGACUAUCUCAUCAGACAGUGAAAUCAGAGCCAUGGCCAUUGCUAUCAUGAACACGUCUUCGUCUUUGAUGUGGAUUUGGACACCCCUUGUUUUAUGGCCAGUAACAGAUGCACCAUACUAUCAUAAGGGAUUUACAACAAGUGCAUUCUUGAUUGUUCUCUUUAUUAUUUCCAUGUUAUCUGUUGUAUAUCUACAAAAGAGAGAUGGUCAAGUAAAAAGAGCCAAUUCCACAGAUCUCACAGCAGAACAAGAGAAUACAACGGUGCCUUUGUUACAUGAUGAAGAAGUCUAUAAACUAUGAUCCCCCCUUUUUUUAUUUUUUACAUGAUACCAUUCAAGUCAUACUCAUUU